UAGAACGUCCAUGCAACGGAUGUGGAUGAAAACAAAACAAUUCAAGACUGGAAGUAAGCUGCCGAUUCUCCUUUCAACAAAACAUGGAAUCAAAUGGAAGCCAUUACACGUAAUUAUUAGCAUUUUAUUGAUUUGAGAUUCCUUCUUUAUCGAGUGUAGCCUAUACUUAUAGCUCGCUACCUCAGAUUUCUGCGCAGAGAUGCUUUCACCGCGUGUUAGUAGCAAAGAGUGUAACCUAGAUGUUUCCUGAAAAACUCGUAUUCAUCUUGCAUCUCUCAUAGGGCUGAACGAAAUCUGCAAUAUAAGUGUUAUAUUUUCACUGCAUUUUGUGCCGAAUGAGUACGCUUGCGCACUGCAGUAAAACGUGUCUGCGUUAGCUUUUGAAUUUGAAUUUAAUAUCAAUCCUUUGGGUGAUCUAAUUCAUAACCAUUUCAUUUUAAAUUCGGUACGUGAAAGCGCAAGUCUCUCCACCCUCCCCAUACCGCCCAAUUGGACACCCACUACAAUUUAAUGUAACACCAAUUAUCGGCGCGGUAUUAGCCCCCAUCGUGUCAUAAAUGAAAAGCAAACAGUAUCAACUGAAGUUAACACCGCCCUGGGAGAAGGAUGCAGGCUUCGGGAGAAAGCUCAAAACCUACAGAAGUCACACAAAAAUAAUCGCUCAUCCAGGAAUCGUAAUGAAAGUGCUUCGCAGGAAGAGGAUUGUAUUGUUAAUGGCCUAUUUUUUGCUACUGGUUUUAACCAUGCUGAACCUGGCUAAUUACAAAUGGACUAAAGAGCCACAGCAGUGCAAUCUCCAGAUGAGAAGCACUACCUAUCAGGGUAGAUCAGACAUUCGCUUCCUUUACAGACCCUCGCUGGCUAAGAAAAGGCAGCUCGUGUAUGUUUUGACAACUUGGCGGUCUGGAUCCUCCUUUUUCGGUGAGCUUUUUAACCAAAAUCCAGACGUGUUCUUUUUGUACGAGCCGAUGUGGCACAUCUGGCAGAAACUGUACCCCGGAGAUGCUCUGUCGCUGCAAGGGGCUGCCAGAGACAUGCUAAGCUCAUUGUAUCGAUGUGAUCUCUCCGUUUUCCAGCUGUACAAUGCACCGGGGGGCAAGAAUGUGAGCUCUCUGGGGGUAUUUGGUGCUACCCUUAACAAGGUAAUAUGCUCUUAUCCCCUCUGCUCGGCGUACAGAAAAGAUAUUGUGGGCUUGGUGGACGAUAAGAUGUGUAAAAAGUGCCCACCCCAAAGUCUGCGGCUCCUGGAGGAGGAAUGCCUCAAGUAUAACACCGUAGUCAUAAAAGGGGUGCGCAUUUUGGACCUCAACGUUCUCGCCCCGCUGAUGGAGGAUCCUUCUUUAGAUCUGAAGGUGAUUCACCUCGUCCGAGACCCGAGGGCCGUGGCGAAUUCCAGGAUCAAGUCAAGACAUGGGCUCAUACGCGAGAACUUACAAGUGGUUCGGAGCAGGGACCCCAAACUUCGUCGAAUACCUUUCGCCGACCCCGCUCAUAAGGUUAACAAAAAGGACGGCUCAGACUAUCACUCAAUUGGAGCUAUGGAAGUGAUAUGCGACCGGACAUCCAGAACCUUGAGAACCGCUUUAAACCCACCGAACUGGCUGAAGGGAAAGUACAUGACUGUGCGCUACGAGGAUUUAGUGGACAACCCAAUCAAGACUGUACGGAACAUUUAUCGCUUUGUUAAUUUGUCUGCGAACCACGAUAUCGAAUUGUUUGCGUUGAACAUGACCAGUGGAACAACUUCAUCCUCCAAACCGUUCCUCGUGUCGUCCCGGAAUGCGACCCAAGCAGCCAACGCCUGGAGAACUGUACUAAGUUUUCAACAAAUAAAACAAGUUGAAGACUAUUGUCACCAGGCGAUGUCUUUACUCGGAUAUGAACGCGUACGAACUGCCGGGGAUGCAAAAGACUUGAGUAAGUCGCUGCUGUCAGUCCCUAAAGUGUAACAGUAAUUUUCACCAAAGACAUAAAGACUUGUACAUUAAUUUAGCAUCGAACAGGUUACUGUUCUGUUCAUUGUGCAAUUUGCAGGUAUGUUUAAGCUUUAUGUCGACGUAAGUGUUCUUUGGAAGUUUCAUAAGCCACAUUGGAAUGUAUUUUGUUCGUUUUAAAUACAGCACAGCGGUUUUGAUGGGACCACUGGAUUUAUAAUUGGACCUCUGGAUAUCUGACAAUGCAAGGACUGUAAAACAACUUGAAUCUUGGGACCAUUUGAAACCGCAAUGUGUACAAUGCAUCCUGUUAUAGUUGCACUUCUUCAAAGUGAAUGUUUCUGGUAAUUUCUAAAAAAAAAAGAAAGGGAAAAAAAAAACUAAAAUUUGCUUAGGCUACACAAUAACGAGCUAGCUUACUACUUUUGUCAAAGUGAAAAGUGUGGGAAAAGAUGUUCAAAUAGAUUUUUCAAAGAAUCAGCACCUGGUAAUGUUACAUUAUGUGUAUGAAUAAUGGUACUUGGUCAGCUUUACCAGAGACAAUCAUUAAAAAGUUUUUGAAUAA